UAUUCAGUGGUACAACGGCAAUCUGUCUGCAAACAUGUCGCAUCGUGUAAUUUAAACCCUAGUAUAAAGCGCGCAUUCAACCGUUAGCCGUGGCUACGUAGAAUUGCUGCUCAAUUUUGAGCAAUUGUCAGCAUUCGUUCAAUGCAAACUACCUACAACCUUCACGUGGCGUUCGUGGCGGUAAUUUGUCCGCCCAGAGAUAAGACUGAAAGUAGAAUCUUUCCGUCAGUGAUAUCGUGACCGCCGUUAUAUUAUGUCAAGAAUUCUAUUGGCAGCUUAGUUCCGUCUCCGAAAAUAUCUUCGGCAUUAGUUGAAUUAUCCCAAAUUUAGUCAAUUCAUUUAUAGGUUAACUAUUUGACAACAGUUUGUCAAAAAUGCAGGCUCCUCUUGCUAUAUUUUUCGUCUUCUUAGGAUGUUGUACAAAUGUUGUUUUCCUGGAACUUUUGGUCAAAGAAGACCCUGGCAGUGGGAACUUAAUUACUUUCUCGCAGUUUGCAUUUAUUGCACUUGAAGGUUUCAUAUUCACUUCGAAGUUUGGAACGGUGAAACCUACAAUAGGAAUAAAGGAUUACACGAUUUUAGUUUCAAUGUUCUUCGUUGUUAGCGUUUGCAACAAUUAUGCUUUUGAUUUCAACAUACCAAUGCCCUUACACAUGAUAUUCAGAGCUGGUUCUCUAAUAGCGAAUAUGAUCAUGGGAAUAAUAAUACUGAAGAAAAAAUAUGUAUUUAGCAAAUAUCUUUCAGUAUUCAUGAUAAGUUCGGGAAUAUUUUUAUGCACGCUAAUCAGUGGCAAAGAAGUCAAAUCUACGCAGAUCGUCCGCCCGGACAGUUUACCGACUACUCCGUGGGAUGACUUUUUCUGGUGGAUUCUUGGCAUUACUCUGCUUACUGUUGCUCUGUUUAUAUCCGCCAGGAUGGGCAUUUACCAAGAAGUUUUGUACGUACGCUACGGAAAACAUGCCAAAGAAGCCCUGUUUUAUACGCAUUUAUUGCCACUACCCUUCUUUCUGACAUUACUACCAAAUAUCUGGAAUCAUACUCUUUUGGCUGUUAAUUCGGAUCCUUUAACGCUACCUCUCAUUGGCGUUUCAAUGCCCAAAACACUCGUAUACCUGAUAGGAAAUGUACUGACACAAUACAUGUGCAUCAGCUCUGUUUAUGUACUGACAACGGAGUGUACAUCGUUGACAGUGACGCUGGUGGUGACGCUGAGGAAAUUUGUGUCGCUACUAUUUUCUAUACUGUACUUUAAAAAUCCAUUCACAUUGUACCAUUGGAUCGGAACGACCCUGGUUUUCGUUGGAACAAUUAUAUUCACAGAAGUCGUUCCCAGAAUUCAGCAAAGCUUACAAGCACCGCCGAAAGGAGAAAAAGUACAAUAGUUGAGCAUAAAUAGGGUGGGGAAGUUCUGUGUGUCUUUGUUUAUUGAUUUAUAACAAAACUUGCUCUAAGCACUAUGAUAUAUGUGAACAAUGUGCAGUAUUUUUUCAAUUCUUUGUUUAUGACAGCCAAUCGUAUUCCUCUGCUCUUCACGAUCCCAUCCAGGAUCUCGUAAUUAGCUAUACAAGUUGACACUUAUUCUUUUCAGCGUAUUCACUUAUAAAUUUGUGACCUGCGCUCCUCAUUUACCCUGCAAAUUGAAACAAUAUUACCAAGUCUCCUGGUAAUAAAUGCAUAAUUAUAUUUAUUCCAGGGCCACGUUAAUCAUUUGCAAAUUUCAAUCGUGGGGGAGAUUUGCACAGAUAUGUACAUCAAUUUUUACAAUUCAUAUUUUACUGCGUUUAAUAAAGAUUCUAAGAAUAAAGAGAAAAACUUAGACAAAAAUUUAGACGCACGUGUGUUAUCUGUUAUUUUGACCACAUGAUUUUUGAAAUCACAACAUCGUGGUUCAAGAUUCCAUAUUUUUGACAUAUACGAUGUCAUUGUUAAUUUAUAAAUUCAUACAAUAUGGAAUAAAGAUUAGGUAGUUGAUUUCUUUUUUUGUUGAAACUCGUUAGAUAUUUCAGGCUGACCUGGACAACA